GAGCAUUCCAACUAUUGCCAGCAUGCAGUAGACAUAGAAAGCGACUGCGGGCCCCGUGGAGGAGGACUAUGAAUGCAUCGCCGUCGCCAUCGCCAUCGCCAUCGCCAUCGCCAUCGCCAUCGCGACUCCGCCCCCCUUUGACCCUGCGCUCCCGGUAGAGCAUUUGCAUUUGCAUUUGCGGUAGACGGCAGCAAUGGCCAGCACCUCGCGCACCACCGCUGGCACCACCACGCACACGCACACCGCCAUUGAGCAGAAUACCCACUCCCACUCAGCCAUACCCACAUUCCUCGGCAACCAUCCCUACCCCUCCAACCAUGCUCGAUCGACGACGGCCUCAUCUAAUGGAACCUCCGAAUCCGACACAGCACAACUGAGCGUGCCGUCGACCACGGGCCCGGUAGGAGAGCCUGCCUUACCACCCUCGCGACCCACGAGCGGCGCUGUCACCCAGGAGGCAUGGAGCCGCAUCUCGUCUAGUCACGCAUCCGUGCGAUCACCGCCAAGCAGACACACAUACACAUCACUGCGGAGUAGAGAUGGAGAGCCAAAUUCGCGGCCAAGCUCAGGUACGGGAACGCACGUGCCUUCCAUCGCAGCGCAAGCCUUCUUCCGGCCUAUGAGCUCGCACAAGUUACAAACGCAGAGGGGCCAGAAUGUAGCCCCACCUGCAAGCUCCCAUUCGCAUUCGCAUAUGCGCAUCGCAAGCGUGGACGAGGACGGGGACGGGGACGGGGACGGGGACGAAGAGUCGACGACGCGCACCCAUCGAUACAGCGCCCAUCGAUACAGCACACAUCGAUACAGCAAUGCCUCAGUAAACACUGCCCGAGAAGCCGAGCAAGCAACGAGGCACGGCGCAUCUUCUCCGCCACCACUUCCGACCAGCAGAGGACUUUCGAUAGCAACGAGCUCUGGGGAAGAUGGAAGGCUAAAUGCAGCACCCGCAAGCGUCAUUAGCAAGAAUAGUACGACACCUCUGACGCUCCAACAAGCAAGAGAGCAGCAGCAGCGGCAGCGACCGGACCCUCCGCCAAAAUCGCCGCGCUCUCUGCGGCGAUCCCUAUCCCGUGGCUUCGGCUCGAUACAUUCGUCUAAGCGAGAUAUUCAUGAACCAAGACCAUCUGGACAAGGCCACGAGAAAUUGCCAUCUUUACCAAAUUCGCCCUUGAUGGAGAAGGCCAGAGAUAAGCCACUACCUUCACAGCCACCACGACGGCAGCUGCAGCCCAGCGGCAAGAACUAUGAAUAUUUCGCGGGAAACAUGCUUUUCUUCGUCGAGGGACGCUGUCUUAACACCCGUGCUAAGCCCUUGAACGUCGCCACGUUUCUCCUCACCGUGAUACCGGCAGCACUGUUCUUCGCGUUCGAAGCGCCCUGGAUUUGGCAUAAUAUCACGCCUGCCAUCCCGAUCGUCUUCGCAUACGUAUUCUUCGUGGCACUCUCAGCAUUCGCCCAUGCAGCCUUCAGCGAUCCUGGCAUCUUGCCAAGAAAUAUGCAUCCGCAUCCACCAAAUCCAGAGGAGAAGGACCCUCUGGCUGUUGGGCCUGCGACAACCGAAUGGGUGAUGGUAAAGACAUUCCCGUCAUCUCGUCAACAGCCGCAUCUUGAAGCCAUGGCAGAAGACGGCGAUGCAGCAGGUGCUACAACCGCGAUGGAAGUACCUACAAAGUACUGCAAGUCAUGUAACAUCUGGCGACCACCUCGCACGCAUCAUUGCCGUGUUUGCGAUGCAUGCAUUGAGACCCAGGAUCAUCACUGUGUGUGGCUCAACAACUGCGUCGGCAGGAGAAAUUAUCGCUACUUUUUCGCAUACGUUGGCUUCAGCUCUUUGAUGGCAUUGAUGCUUAUCGCCUUUGCAUUGACCCACAUCGCAGUAUACGCCAACCAGAGCGGCAUAAGCUUUGGGAAAUCUCUUACAGGGCGCACUGAAGAACGAGUGGCGUUUGCCAUGUUCAUCUAUGCCGUACUUGCGCUGCCAUAUCCUGGCUCACUGUUCGGCUACCACCUCUUCCUGAUUGCAAGAGGUGAGACCACGAGAGAGUACCUCAAUUCUCACAAGUUCAUGCAGAAGGACCGACAUCGCCCGUUCUCCCAAUCAUCAAUCCUUUCCAAUUGGGCCGUCGUGCUCUUUCGACCGCGACCACCCUCAUACAUGGGCUUCAAAAAGAGUUACGAUGAUGGUGACCAGCGUCUUGGCUACACCCUGCGACGUAAGGAGAGACUUGAGAAAGAGAGACAUGAGGCUGCACGAUCUGCGAGCAGAGUCGAUGGGCUUAAGAAGCGGUUUUCGGUAACGAGGGGUGCCGGAAACGCGAACGGUGGGAUGGAAAUGAAGGAUCUUCCACCGACCCCUACCGCAAAUGGUACAGCGAAUGGUGCGCCUGGUGGAGUCACCAAGAAGAAUAAUCCUCCAGGUGGCAUGAACAGCACGCCACGCUAGUGAAUUGAAGCGGAAAGGAUGAUUGUCAAAAGCAUGUUGAACGCAUUUGAUUCUCGCGAAUGAGCUUUGUAUGUUCUUGUUGUUGAUGAGCAAGCGACGGCGUUAUAUCUGGGGUCAACAGGGUACCGACAUGCAGCCAACCUGGAGUUGUCAGGUUGUGGAAAUGGUUGUACAGGACUAUCCAGGCACGCACUUAAGGAGCUUCUUCCUCCAGCAUGCAGCAUAGUAGUAGUGUAUAGUAAUGUCAAUGUUUGUUUGGUCUUGG